UCUCAGCUAUUGUCCUACGUCCACUCCGUCCCCGUAUUUGCUUCUCGACUUCACGUUCCGACGUCGUAUGCGAACAUGCCUACAGAACUUCCAUACGCUGCCGACGCUGAAGAGUCCCUAUCCUACGACGAGCUCGAGGUUCUCCGGUUACAGUACCAGAAGGAGCUCGCGCAAUCGCACGUUACUGUUCAGACGAAGUUCAACUAUGCGUGGGGACUAGUCAAGAGUCCGCUGAGGGAACACCAGGUCGAGGGUGUCAGGCUGCUGCAAGAAAUUUAUCGCGCUGAGCCCGCGCGGCGAAGGGAGUGCCUCUACUAUCUUGCACUCGGCCACUAUAAGAUGGGCAACUACGAGGAAGCACGGCGGUUCAACGCCUUGCUUCUCGACAAGGAGCCCGCAAAUCUCCAGGCGCAAAGCCUGGCGGGACUCAUCGACAACCGAGUAACGCGAGAUGGGUACAUCGGCAUGGCGAUCGUAGGAGGGGUCGCAGCGCUCGGCACACUCGUCCUCGCAUCCGUCAUACGGCGAGCAUCCCGCAAAUGAUCGCACGCCCGCGCCUCUCCUGACCUCUGCUCUGUUUACCAUACAUGCCGUCGCUGUUAACCGUGCUGAACUCAAACGCAAUGAUCACCGCUCACGGACUCGAUAAACAUGAACGGCGCGAUGACAAUGACGAAACGGACUGUAUAUAUAUCAUCAACAUCCACUUGUGCGCCUCGCCUUCGCCCUCUCGUCGCUCUCGAUCUGUUUUGGGUCUCCGCAUCAUUUAUUCGCUAAUCUGCGUCAUGCCCUCAUACGACCGGCGUGGACGUUUCGGCGGAGCAGGAACCAUACGUGACUCCCAGCAGGACGCGUCCCCACCUGGCUCGGCAUCGAGUCCUGACGUCCAUAUCCCCGAUUGUAUUCAUGAACAAUACCCACCAUAUUUAGC